AUGAAAAGGAGAAAUAAUUUAAAUCAGAAAAAGUACUAUGCCUUGAAGGAACAGGCCAUGAACUACUAUCAAGAAAAUAAAGUUCCUGAAAAAAUGGAGUUAGUUCUAAAUAAAAUGUUUCAUGAUAAGCCAUCUGAUGUUCAUGGAUAUUUGGUCAACUAUUUUGGCCAGUUUUGUAAACCAGCUACCUUAAACCAGUUAACAGCAAAACCAGUUCUGGACAGCUGUGGUUUCUGGACCAUUCAAACUGACGUAUACUGCACUGUAAAUAAUCUCAAAAAGUACAUCAGUUCAACCACAGUUUCAAGGGCAAACAUCAAAAUUAAUUCUGAAGAUCAAGAACAGACAGAAAAACUAAUCACUAAAUCUGUGAAAGCAGGAAUUAUAUUGAUAAACUCAGAACUCAGCAAUAAAGUGGAUGGAUUGGAUCCUUCAGCACAAGAAAAAAUAGACACGGAAAUUUUCGUGGUUAAAAUUUUGCUCGAAGAAGCGAAAAGAAGAGAAAUGAGACUGGUAACUAGAACAAGAAGAAGCACAAAAGCUCCAAAUGUUGUAUUAGCACUGAUGGUUGACAGGCCCCUAGAGACCUUUCCCGAGGGUUGUGAAGCAGCUGCAGCAGUGAGCCAAGCUGUGUGUGUCUGUGCGGCCACCUCUAAGGGUAUUCCCGUUUAUCAGCACAUUGCACACUUAGCACAGCAAAAUGAAUCUGAAAAUGAUCUCCGCAUGCCAAUCCCUAUGGUAACCAUACUGGAAAGUGGAAAGUCCACAUCUGGGAAGGUGAUCUGUAUUAAAGAGUUUCUGCUGGUGCCUGAAAUUAAUAUGCCCACAGAUAAGAGUGUUGAGCAUAUUCAACACAUUUUUCACUAUGUCAGUAAGCAGUUGGUCACAAAAUAUGGGGUACUAGGCAGACUUGUAAACGAGACAGGAGCACUGUGCCCACCUCUGGAGAAUGUUAACCAAGGUCUUGACCUGUUGCUGGAAGCUGUUAAAGCCGUGGGACUGACCAUUGGGGAAGAUAUGUAUCUGGCAAUCAACUGUGCAGGAUCAGAGUUUUAUGAUUAUGAAAAAGGCAAAUAUGAAACUCUAACAGGCCAGUUUAAGAGUCCAGAUGACAUGGUUGAUUUCUGGGCAGACAUUCUCCAAAAGUAUCCAUGUAUAGUUGGUGUCAUUGAUCCAUUCAGGGUAGAAGAUAUUGAACAAUGGAUGUGCUUGUGUGAGAAAGUCAGUAGCCAAGUCCUGGUUAUUGGCGACACGUUUUUUCAGCGACCUGGUAUUAUCAAUCACUUAGAGUUUCCUGUACAAACAAGUGGUAUUGUUAUCCGUUUUGAGAGAAUGAACACAGUCUCAGAUAUCAUUUCUUGUGCUAACAAAUACAAAG